UGGACGUCAAUAGCAAAUUGUCGCCGUUGUACCUCGAGUUUCACCCAAGUCCCUAAAAAGUCUGUUUUUCUCCGAACCUUUGUGAAGAUGUACUUACCGAUCUUGAGCGCCACAUUGGCAAUCGUUGCAGUGCAGCUCUCAUCAGCGGCAGUGAUUCGCCAAAAUGAUUUAGCACCCAGCAACCCAUCAGCCAGUCACCAACGCGUCAGCACUGAUGGAAACAGUUCUCCUCUCUUGCUACACGCAAUGUCUACCGCUCGCCCAGAGGUUGAACAGACCCAUACCGUCUCCAACAGUGACAAGACUGUCCUGACCGCCGGCGACAGCGAAAUCAUGAACCAAAUCGAUCAGAGCUUCACCUCAAAGACAUCUCCAUCAGCUAAUGAAGUCAUCGACGAAGUCAAUCAAACCUACGGGUUUAAACAUGCUGACGAACGGGCAGUGACCCAGGUCAACCAAGUUCAUGACUACGCUCAAGGCCAAGGCCAGGGCGGUGUAAACGACGUCUACGUGAAAGAUGAGACGGAGACAGUCUUCGCAGUGGAUAAUCCUCAGGGAGAAAGGGAGAUGGUCGGGACGAGCAAAUCCAAUACCGGAGAACAGAUAUCGAAUCCUGAUGGCGUCGAUCACACUUUCUUCGUAGCUGAGGACCAUGGCCUUCACCAAGUUGAAAAUAAAGAUGGGCUCGAGGUGAAUGGGAAGAGUGAAACGGAUCUGGUGUAUAUGGCAGGCACACCCGACGAUGUUGAAUCAUUCUACCAACUCAAUAACAUCGACCAACAUAAUCUUGUCCGGGACGAGCAAGGCGUUGAGAAAGACACCAAACAGUCCAGUCUUACAGGUUUCGGUUAUACGGACAAAGUUACCGAAACUCUUGCUCUGGAUGGCACUCAGAACACGAUUAGAAUUAAUAAUAAUGGCGUUCAGGCGUCGGUCGGCGUCGACAAGACGAACGGACUCUAUAAUUCAAUCGAUGACAAAGGAAACAAAGAUGUUCUGUUAAUCGACGACACUGCGCAUAACAUCAAUUUGAAAGACGGAGACAUCGGAGUCUCGUUGAGCACCAAAGACAUGAAUGAUAUUUUUGGAUUCAAAGAUCAAGACGGCACUGUUGGAGCCUAUGAAGGGAACGGAACAGAUCAUUCGCUCACCAUCACCGAUGGGCUGCUCACAGCCAACUUUGAUCUGAAUAACGCUGAUGAGUUGUUUGGUACUUCUACUCCUGACGGCAUCGAUGAUGUCCAUAAGAUCAACCAGGCUGGCAAAUCUGUGAUGCUUGACGACGGAGAACGAGGGGUUGCCGUGGGGGUCAAUGAAAUCGAUGCGGUUCACGGACUUUUCGAUAAUGGUGACGUGCAAGCCACUUACCAAAGCAAUCAAGUUGAUAAGGUCCUUGCAGUUGCCGAGGGCUCUUCAGGAUCAAGUCUCCAGACAAGCGAAAUGAAUGGUGUCUUGCAGGUGAAGGAUGACGAAGGAAAGAUGCAGGUGAUUUCAACCGGAGGACAGAUGGUUAGUCAAGCCGUCGUCAUUGGUGAUGAUCAACUCGAUGGGAAUUAUGAGGCGGGUCAGGUUGAGGAACUCUUUUGGAUGGGCAGUGUUGAAGCACCCGAUGUUGACAAUUAUCAUAUGAGUGAGACUUCUCUUGCUCCGGACACGACUCGUUUGAGUACUUCUAGACCUGAGGAGAACUAUCAAAUGAGCGAGAGUCCUCUUGUCCUGGAGAUGACUGGUUUGAGUACUCCUAGAGAAGAGCAUCAAACUCCUGAUGUCAUCAUCAUUCAGCAAGGAGUCACUCUGAAUCAGGAUGAUCAUAAGUAUAGGGGGUCUGAUGCCCAUGCGGAGACUGCAACUUCUGCUCUGAAUAGUUUUCAUAGGCUUGUCAACAAAUUUGAUCAACUUUAUGAAGUUGGUGAUCUUGGCAGAAUUGGAAGUAUAUUUGGAGGGGGCAGGAAGAGUAAGGUCGAUGUACAGGUCACAAUCAAUAUGGAAAUCUAGUUGUACCCAGCGUGGGGGGUAUUUAUAAUUAUAGUAGGUUCUAGGCUUGAAGGAAUAAAUCCUACCAAUGGU